UCCCGCCCCGGGGCCGGAGGCCUCGGCCUUCAUAAGUACGAGGCCCAGCCCCCACCGCCUCUGGCCUUUGAGCGGCGCGGCCUCUCCGGCUGUGAGCCCGGCGGCGAGCCCCCCUUGGAGUAGGGCCAGUUAAAAGGGGAAAAUAAAAGAUUUUUUGAUUCAUGAAGAAUCUGCUCACUAAGAAGUAUAUAUUAAGCCACUGUCUGAACUUCCAUUAAAAAGAGAUUAAACGGAGAAUGGAAAAGAAGAUCGACUCCAGGAUACUGUCCAACAAGAAGUCUUCCGCCUUCCCUGGGGUCUGGAGUCAGUUACCUAGUACCAGUCAUCCAGUGCAACAUCAUGCCUCACAUACCUGGGACCGGAGGGGCCGGUUAAGAGAAUUACGCAUCAGAUGUGUGGCCAGAAAGUUCUUGUAUUUGUGGAUUCGAAGGACUUUUGGAAGAGUAUUCCCCUCUAAAGCCAGAUUUUACUGUGAGCAGAGAGUACUACAGAAGGUCUUCAGAGAAUGGAAAGAAGAAUGGUGGAUUUCCCAUCGAGAGUGGAAACUCUGUGUUCGGGCUGACUGUCACUACAGAUAUUACUUGUACAGUCUGAUGUUCCAGACCUGGAAGACUUACGUGCAUCAGCAGCAGGAGAUGAGGAACAAGUACAUGAGAGCCAAGGAUUAUGAUGCAAAGCAAAAGAUGCGCCAAGCCUGGAAGUCCUGGUUGAUCUACGUGGUGGUUCGUAGGACCAAACUUCAGAUGCAGACUGCCGCCCUGGAGUUUAGGCAGCGGAAUAUCUUGUGGGUGUGGUGGAGCAAAUGGAGGCAGCGCCUAGAGCAGGUCCAUGUGGGUCGUGUCCUCUACGCCUUAGCCAUGAAGCACAGAGCCCUGAGCCUCCAGCUGCAGGCUUGGUCACGGUGGCAGGAACGGCUCCUGUGUGUCCAGAGGGACAGACACAAGGUGGUCUCUGCAGUGAAGCACCAUCAGCGCUGGCAAAAGUGGAGCUCCCUGAGGGCUUGGCUUGAAUAUCUGCAGCUCCGCAGAGUGAAGAGAGAGAGGAAUGAAAUGGCAGAACGAUUCCACCGUGUCACUGUGCUCCAGACACACUUCUGUGAUUGGCAGUGGGCCUGGGAGUGGAGGGAGAGCUUGUACGCCCACCAUUCCCUGGUGGAGAUGCUGGCCAGGAGGAUGGUGCUGCGGCGGGCCUUUACUCACUGGAAACACUAUGUGCUGAUGUGUGCAGAAGAAGCUGCCCAGCGUAAGAUGGUGGAGGAGCACUGCCGGCACCGCCUGCUGUCCUUUUGCUUUAGAGCCCUAAAGGACAAUGUGGCCUGGGCCCAUCUCCAGCAGAUAAGAAGGAAUCUCGCGCACCAGCAGCAUGAGGCCAUGCUGCUGCGCAGGUUCUGGGACUCCUGGCAGUCUCUGCUUGAGCAGAAGGAGGAACAGGAACAGCUCACCUUACUGCAUGCUGCCAGGGAUCACUACAGGAUAACAUUGCUACACAAGUGUAUCAAAUUGUGGUUACAGCACACUCGGAAUAGACGCUACAAGCAGCUGCUGCAGGCCAGAGCAGAUGGCCAUUUCCAGCAGAAAGCCCUGCCUGCUGCCUUCCAGGCAUGGAGGAGACUCUGGCGAUGGCACCAGCAGGAAAGUGCCCUGAACGCAAGAGCAGUAUGUUUUCACAGGGAAAUGCUAGGGAGGCAGGUAUUUGCUAUUUGGUGGCAGAAGAUGUCUCAGCAUCGAGAAAACCGCUUGGCAGAGAGAGUGGCCAUCCUUCAUGCUGAGCAGCGGCUUCUGCACAGGGCCUGGUCCACAUGGCAGCAGCAGGUGGCAGCACGUCACCAGGAGCGACAGAGGCAAGCAGUGGCCUGUGCCCACCACCGUCACUGGCGGGUCAGGAGAACCUUUCAUGUCUGGAGGGAGAGUGCCCGAGGGCUCAGAACAGAGAACCUGGGAAAGGCACAAGCUGCAGAGUUCUACUGUGUACAGCUCCUGCGUUGGGCCUGGAAGAGGUGGAGGGAGUGCCUGGCCCUGCGCAACACUGAGCGGCAGAAGCUGGUGCGAGCUGACCUGCAUCACCAGCACUCCUUGCUGCAAAGGGUGCUGCAGAGAUGGGUGACUUACCAGGACAGGAUGCAGCGUGUCCUACAAGAGGUGGCAGCCAGGGAGAGCCAGCACAAAAGACAGCUGCUGCGGGUCGUGUUACAUCGCUGGCGAGAGAACACCAUGGCCUGUGUGGAUGAAGCUAAAAAGGCCUCUCAAGCAUGUGAUCACUACAGAAGGACCGUGUGUUUAAAGGUCCUGGCCCAGUGGAGGGAGGCAGCAUCAAUGCAGAUCUACUGCCGGCAGCAGGAAGACUGUGCUGUCAGCGAGGCCCGAGUUGUGCUGGAUAGGGGCUGUGUCCAGACUGUGUUUCAGCGCUGGUGGGACCGCAGCCAGAGUGUGGCCCAGGAGAGAGUCCAGAUGAAGAGAGCGGCCCAGCAUCACCGGCUCCGACUGCUGCAGGAGGCAGUGGCACAGUGGAAGGCCCACCAUCUGGGGUGUAUCAGGAAAACGCUCCUGCGGAGGCUAGGUGCCCAACUGCUGGCCCAGAGACUCAGCCGGUCCUGCUUCUGCCAGUGGAGGCGGCAGCUGGCAGCCCGGAGGGAGGAGAAGCAGGGCACAGCGCGGGCCCUGUGGUUAUGGUCCUUCUCACUGCAGGCAAAGACCUGGGACGCCUGGCUGGGUUUUGUGCUGGAAAGGAGGAGAAAGAAGGUGCGGCUGGAGCAGGCAGUGCAGGCCUACCACCACCAGCUACUCCAGGAAGGCGUCACCCACCUCCUGCGGUUCACAGCAGGUGUGAAGGCCUCUCGGCAGCAGCUGCAUGCCCAGCAUCAGGCCCAGGCGGCCCACAGCCUCCACCGUGCCGUCCACCACUGCGCCAUGCUCUGGAAGCAGAAGGUACUGGGCCCAGCCAGGGAACCCCUGUCCCCCACGCUCGCCACGCCCAGGAGAGUGACAUCUGAAGUUCCCCUUCUCAGCCUCAUGGCUGCUGGGGCUGGGGACACCACCCUGGAGACCAAGAGGCUGGGAGCAAGGCCUGAGCGAGGUGUGGGCAGCCUGGCCCUGGCUGCUGGGGAGCCCCAGCUCCUGGAACUGAAUGCAGCCCGCUCAGCAAGGAGGCAGCCCCGAUACCCUGACUUCCUGCUAGAGCCCGAGCAGAGCCAGAGACCCCUGGGGCCUGAGAAGGUGCAGGAGCACAGCCUAGGCACAGCCCAGCCAGCCAGCGAUUCCCUGCCAAGGCCCUUCCUGGUGGAGGCCCAGACAGCCCCAGCCUCACGCAGCCCCCUGUCCCAGCCCGGGGCCCUGCCAAGACCCCCUGGCCCAAGGCUGCCCCCCACGGCAAGUGCAGGUCCGGAGCUGGGGCUGCUGCCUCCUUCCUCCUUCAUGCUGCGUGGGAUAGAGACCCCUGCCAGGAUGUCAGCACAGCUUCUGCCCCAGGUACCCACAUCCCUGGCUGGUGCCCCUGACCCCCAUCUGCUCCUCCCUGGGGACUUCACAGGCACCAGGACCCAUCCUGGACUUGGCUCUGAAGCGGCAGGCAGCACCGAACUUGAGGUUGAGCUUGAGGGGAUCCGCCAGCAAUUACAGCACUACCAGGCCACCAAGCAGAAUCUCUGGUCCUGCCAGCGGCAAGCAAGCAGCCUGCGCCAGUGGCUGGAGCUGAGCCAGGAAGAGCCCACGUCUGAGGACCAGGAAGCGGAGCAGCAGGUGCAGAAAGAGCUGGAGGAGGUGGAAGUGCAGAUCCAGCACCUGGCUGCUGAGCUCCGGGCCCAACGCCAGCCCAUCGGUGUCUGCAUUGCCCGUGUCCGGGCCCUGCGGGAGGCCCUGUGCUAGUGGCCUCGCCCCCAGAGGGCACCCACUGGGCUGUGCAGGAGGCUCAGGCUGCCUCC